GGCCCAGGCCCGCGCCAGCGCCAUGGCGAAGCCCCUGACCGACCAGGAAAAGCGCCGGCAGAUCAGUAUCCGCGGCAUCGUGGGCGUGGAGAACGUGGCCGAGCUGAAGAAGGGCUUCAAUCGGCACUUGCACUUCACGCUGGUCAAGGACCGCAAUGUGGCCACCCCGCGCGACUACUUCUUCGCGCUGGCGCACACGGUGCGCGACCACCUGGUGGGGCGCUGGAUCCGCACGCAGCAGUACUACUACGAAAAGUCCCCCAAGCGGGUCUAUUACCUCUCUCUGGAAUUCUACAUGGGCCGGACGUUACAGAACACCAUGAUCAACCUUGGCCUGCAAAACGCCUGCGAUGAGGCCAUUUACCAGCUUGGCUUGGAUAUAGAGGAGUUAGAAGAAAUCGAAGAAGACGCUGGGCUUGGCAAUGGCGGGCUUGGCAGGCUUGCGGCCUGCUUCUUGGAUUCCAUGGCGACCCUGGGGUUGGCAGCCUAUGGCUAUGGGAUCCGAUACGAGUACGGGAUCUUCAAUCAGAAAAUCCGAGAAGGAUGGCAGGUAGAAGAGGCAGAUGACUGGCUCAGACACGGCAACCCAUGGGAGAAGGCCCGCCCGGAGUUCAUGCUGCCUGUACACUUCUAUGGAAGAGUGGAGCAUACCGCGACGGGGACCAAGUGGAUUGAUACUCAGGUCGUCCUGGCCCUGCCGUAUGACACCCCGGUGCCGGGAUAUAUGAACAACACCGUCAAUACCAUGCGCCUGUGGUCUGCUCGGGCACCAAAUGACUUUAACCUCAGAGACUUUAACGUUGGAGACUACAUCCAGGCUGUGCUGGAUCGAAACCUGGCUGAAAACAUCUCCCGGGUCCUCUACCCCAACGAUAAUUUUUUUGAAGGGAAGGAGCUAAGACUGAAGCAAGAGUACUUUGUGGUGGCUGCUACCUUGCAAGAUGUUAUCCGCCGUUUCAAGGCCUCCAAGUUUGGCUCCACUGAUGGUGCCCAGACUGCUUUUGAUGCGUUCCCAGAGCAGGUGGCCAUCCAGCUGAAUGACACUCACCCAGCUCUCGCCAUCCCCGAGCUCAUGAGGAUUUUUGUGGAUAUCGAGAAAUUGCCCUGGUCUAAGGCCUGGGAAAUUAGCAAGAAGACCUUCGCAUACACCAACCACACGGUACUCCCCGAGGCCCUGGAGCGCUGGCCAGUGGAGCUGGUGGAGAAGUUGCUUCCUCGACACUUGCAAAUCAUCUACGAGAUCAAUCAGAAGCAUUUAGACAGAAUCGCGGCCUUGUUUCCUCAAGACGUCGAUCGUCUGAGGAGGAUGUCUCUGAUAGAAGAGGAAGGCUGCAAGAGGAUCAACAUGGCCCAUCUCUGCAUUGUGGGCUGCCAUGCAGUGAACGGCGUGGCAAAAAUCCACUCGGACAUCGUGAAGACCACAGUGUUCAAGGACUUCAGUGAACUGGAACCGGAUAAGUUUCAGAAUAAAACCAACGGGAUCACUCCACGCCGCUGGCUCUUGCUGUGCAACCCGGGGCUUGCAGAGUUAAUAGCAGAGAAAAUUGGGGAAGACUAUGUGAAAGACCUGGGCCAGCUGACAAAGCUGCACAGCUUUGUGAGCGAUGACAUCUUCCUCCGGGAGCUAAGCAAAGUGAAGCAGGAGAACAAGCUGAAAUUUUCUCAGUACCUGGAGAAGGAAUACAAAGUAAAGAUCAACCCCUCGUCCAUGUUUGACGUGCAGGUGAAGAGGAUCCACGAGUACAAGCGGCAGCUCCUGAACUGCCUGCACGUCAUCACGAUGUAUAACCGCAUCAAGAAAGACCCCAAGAAGUUCUUUGUGCCCAGGACAGUUAUAAUUGGUGGCAAAGCUGCCCCAGGAUACCACAUGGCCAAAAUGAUCAUCAAGCUGAUCACCUCCGUAGCAGACGUGGUAAAUAAUGACCCCAUGGUUGGGAGCAAGUUGAAACUCAUCUUCUUGGAGAACUACAGAGUGUCUCUUGCGGAAAAAGUUAUCCCAGCCACCGAUUUGUCGGAGCAGAUUUCCACUGCAGGGACCGAGGCCUCGGGGACGGGCAAUAUGAAGUUCAUGCUGAAUGGGGCCCUGACCAUUGGGACCAUGGAUGGGGCCAAUGUAGAGAUGGCAGAGGAAGCCGGAGAAGAAAACCUAUUCAUCUUUGGCAUGAGAGUCGACGAUGUCGCUGCGUUGGACAAGAAAGGGUAUGUGGCAAAAGAAUAUUACGAGGCACUUCCAGAGCUGAAGCUGGUCAUUGAUCAAAUUGACAAUGGCUUCUUUUCGCCCAAGCAGCCCAGCCUCUUCAAAGACAUAGUCAACAUGCUCUUUCAUCACGACAGGUUUAAGGUGUUUGCAGACUACGAAGCCUAUGUCAAGUGUCAAGAAAAAGUCAGCCAGCUGUACAUGAAUCCGAAGGCCUGGAACACGAUGGUGCUCAAAAACAUAGCUGCCUCGGGGAAAUUCUCCAGUGACCGAACAAUUAAGGAAUAUGCCAAGGACAUCUGGAACAUGGAGCCUUCGGACGUGAAGAUUUCCCUGUCGAACGUGUCUAGCGACGGGGUGAACAAAGCCAACGGGAACUGAGCUGUAAGAUGUUUUGGGGGGACAGGGUGGGUGGGGACAGCUUGGUACUGAACUGGGCCUUUUAUUUUAACAUUCCUUGAUUGUAUUUUGUUUGCUACUAGUCUAGUUAAGCAUCUUUGAGAAUGAGGAGGGAAGGGGUCUUGCUUUAGUGUGGCUUUUUUUUAAAAAAAGGUCCAUUUCAAGGGCUGCUUGAGGGCCAAAACUUGAGAUUUUUAAGGAGAUUAGGCAGCAUGUUGCUACCUUCCCUGGAGUUUGUCAGAUAGCUAGAAAAUUGCGUGGAACAUUUUAAUGUCAUUUUAAUGUCAUUGAAAGUAACUAAGUAAAAUGCAAAUGACCUACA